AAGGGCGUCGAUUUCCUCCUUAACUACAUUUAAUGGCGAGAAGGCGGUAAAAAAAUAGGAAAAUAUGCGUACUUUAUGAAACACCAUUUCCACCACCAUGCUAGUGGCUAAUGCUACUUCCUGAGGUUGCCCUGCUUUCAGCCAGAGGUAAACAACGGACUGUUGCAAGCUGAACGCGGUUCGCAACAUCCAGGACUAGUAUUCCUAGGCGCAUUAGCUACUUUAGCAUUGUGGUGGAAAAUGGUGUUUCAUAAAGAAAGUACGCAUAUUUUCUGUUAUUUAAAAUCUAGUUCAGGAGGAAAUCGACGCCUUUGCAGCCUGAAUGGAGAAUGUUUUAGGUAAGAACCGGUCCAAGGGGGAUAUGAGUGUAUUGCUGGCUGCAUACAAUGCUUUUGGAAGGCCUCUGGUGUCACUGUAAACGAUGAAGUCAUCAAGGUCUUCAAUGACAUGAAGGUCAGGAAGUCAUCCUCUACUGAAGAUGUAAAAAAGCGUAAAAAGGCUGUGCUGUUUUGCCUCAGUGAUGACAAGAAGAAGAUCAUCGUAGAGGAGGGCAAGUGGAUCCUCGUUGGUGACAUUGGGGAGUCGGUGGACGACCCAUACGCCUGUUUCGUCAAGCUUUUACCUCUCAACGAUUGCAGAUAUGGCUUAUACGAUGCCACAUAUGAAACAAAAGAAUCCAAGAAAGAAGACCUGGUAUUUAUAUUUUGGGCACCUGAGGGUGCGCCCUUGAAAAGCAAGAUGAUCUAUGCUAGCUCUAAAGAUGCCAUUAAAAAGAAGUUCACAGGUAUCAAACACGAAUGGCAAGUCAACGGAUUAGACGACAUCCAGGACCGUGCCACCCUGGCAGACAAGUUGGGAGGCAACGUGGUGGUAUCACUCGAAGGGUUACCAUUGUAAAUGGAAAAUACUACAUGCCAUCUGGAUUCCUGACGCUUUCAUCUUAGCAGCUGUAUCUAUAGCAUUUGAGCCUAAAGGAAUUGCUUUAGGCUUUUUUUCUGUUUUUUUUUCUUCAUACAAUGGAAGGAGAUCUCAUUAACAUAUGCGAAAGACUACAAGUUAUUUUGCCAGACGACUUCUUCAAAAAAAAUCCUUGUUGUUUUUUGUUUUUUUAACCUUCAAGGAAUGCUCACACAUCACGUGUUUUUCCAAACAAAUAUGAACAGCAACGCCACACUACCUGAGAUUAAUAACACUCCCACAACAAAAACAUUAAGAUUAGCACUGUUUUUGCAUUCUUUGCCACUUAAACAGUGACUAAAUGCUCAGUAGCGUAGGAAAAUGUGAAUGCUUUCUAUAAUGCCUUGACAGUCAUAUUCACUGCCCCGGUUACAGCUAAUAGCAAGUAUUUUGCACUCAUGAGGUUUUCAUAUGACUGACUUAUUUAUUUGAACUGUUCUAUCUUAUCCAAUAUGUUAUUUGACAUUGCAAAACACGUAAUAGACUAUGCAUAUACUAAGCACUUUGUUUAUACACUACAGAAGUUGAGGCAAAAAGGUCAAGAAUAACUAAAGAAUAUCUGUAUUUAUGUCAACUAGAUAGAGAUGUUACUAGUUUUCAUUCCUUUUAUGCAAAUGGACAAGAACAGAUUAGUAUUUGACUGUUCAAUUGCCACCUUACUUUCAUUUGAAUGUACAGUACACCACAGUAAAAAGGAGGGUUGGUGCUUGCAGUUUUUUUUAACACUAAAAGUAUCAAAAAUAUCAGUAAAGAUGGCAAUAUGUGCAUUUGGAACCUUAAGUGGAACAUUGUUUUUGAGAUGGGGCGAGGAGGUUGCCACUUUACAAUAAAACCUUGUGGCAGAUAACAGAAUGAAGUGUAUUCUGUUCUGGGUUGUCUAUCUGUAUCUGUUCAUCAGGAGGGUUGGGCAGCAAUAAAGAGAUGCAUGACUGAUUUUCUUUAACAGGAAAUCGAAAAGAUCUGGUCUACAUGCUGUGUUUUGCUACA